AUGUCGACGUAUUUGGUUCUAACUUUAGACCCGCUGUUCAGUGACCAAGCUGUCGAUUUCACCCUUAAUGACUCGUGGAAUUACUUUUUCAAGCUGAAGAAGAAGACAUUCGUCAAGAUGCUACGAGAGCUUGAGGCGGACGGGGAAACCACCUACGGAAAUGUGGCGUUUACCCACUUGUCGGUGGUGCGUGAUUACGAUUUGAGUGACUAUAUCCCCAUCUAUUUCAAUUGGGAAGCGCACAACUACGACGCAUCUGAGGUGCCAUCGCGCGUCGUUUGCUACAAGACCCCGCAGGCGGGAGAAUGGUGCCUCCGUCCGGUAGAGGGCGGGAAGGGGAAGACGGUCGUAACUAUCUAUGACGAGAAGUGGCAAGUGCGCGAGUCGAUUGUUCGAGUGUCGAACGAUGACACAUACCUCCAAGAAGAACUGAGCAAGAUUGGCUUUCACUUUGUAGAGGAAGGGCAGAAGGACUUGGAGGCCGUCGAAGGGUCCACUAUGAUGGGGCGUCACGAACUCACCCCCAAAGACGAUCUGGGUACUACGAUUCCAAACAGCGUGCUUGAGUUUCGUGGGGGGUUGCUCUACACUAUGGGAAGUGACAUGGCUGAAGCAGGCGCCAGAGACCGUUCAAGCACGCCUGUUAUCACCAGUGCCGCGGAACUCCCACCGGCGCCUGUGGUCACGCUGUUGACUAGCUACCUUUAG